AUGAGCCCUUCCCGGGAGGGCGUGCUGCCGCCCCAGGCGGGAGUUGCCGAGAUGCUAGGGACCGCCGACGCCAAGGCGGUCAUCCUAGCAGACAUCCCGGGCGCGUCAAAGGCCGCCGCGCCGCCGGAGGAGGAGCACUGCCACAGCCACGGCCACUCGCACUCCGACGGCGACUCGGGGACGAAGCGGGCAGACGGCAAGCUUCCCAUCACCGUUCUCACCGGCUUCCUCGGCGCGGGCAAGACCACCCUCCUCAACCACCUGCUGCAGACGCAGCGCGAGCUCAAGGUUGCCGUCAUCGAGAACGAGUUUGGCGAGGUGCCGAUCGACAACGAGCUGCUCGCGCAAAACAAGCUGGCGGCCGCCGAGCAGGUGGUGGUGAUGGACAACGGCUGCAUGUGCUGCUCGGUCCGCGGGGACAUCCUCGGCGCCUUCACCUCCAUCAUCGACGCGGUCGACUCUGGCAACGGCCUCGACGCAGUCAUCAUCGAGACGACGGGGAUGGCCGACCCGGUUCCUAUCGUGCGCACGCUGCUCCAGACGCCGGUCAUCGCCAGCCGCUUCGCGCUCGCGGGCGUGGUGACGCUAGUCGACGCCAAGAACAUCCUGCGCCGGCUGCAGGAGCUUGACGAGGAGCAAGAGGACGACCCGGACGCACCGCCCGAUGAGGCCUUCCAGCAACUCAUGUUUGCAGACACGAUCGUCCUCAACAAGAUUGACCUCGUCGGCAGCGCCGUCGCUCUCGAGGUGUGGGAGCGGCUGCGCUCGAUUAACGAAAAGGCGGACGUACUCCCGUGCGUGCGCGGCGCCGUCGACCCGGCUGAGCUCGUCGCGGCGACCGGCUUCGAUAUGGAGCGGAUGGGCGAUGAGUUUGGGGAGGACCACGGGCACGAGCACCACGGGCACGAAGAGCACGGGCACAGCGACCACCACGAGCACUCGCACAACGGCGAGGUGUGCACCAGCGACCACGACCACGACGACCACGGGCACGAGCACCACGGGCACGAAGAGCACGGGCACAGCGACCACCACGAGCACUCGCACAACGGCGAGGUGUGCACCAGCGACCACGACCACGCGACGCACCACAACAAGCAGGUGGGCUCCUUCUCGCUCAUCAGAGAGGGGGUCGCCGUUCGCCCGCUCGCCUUCGCGCGCUGGAUGCGCAAGGUCGCCUCCGCCAAGCGGGAGGAGGUCGGCGUGCUGUACCGCUCCAAGGCGGUGCUCGCGGUGCACGGCGCGCGCGCAAAGCUCGCUUUCCACGCGGUGCAAGACGUGAUGGAGAAGAAGCUCGUGGGCGGCUGGGCGGUCGACGAGGCGCGCUCCUGCAAGGUCGUCUUCAUCGGCAAGCGACUCGACCGCCCCUUCUUCGAGCAGUCCUUCGAUGCCUGCACCUCCCCUCUCCGCACGCCGCUCUGCGCCUCGCCGCCCGCCGCCGGCUGCGCGCCGGGCGGGCCGCAGCUGCAGCCGGCGGCCGGCUCGUUCCUGCUCGGUCUCGCCGCGGCGGCGCCCGAGCUGCUCUACCUCCUCACCACCUACGUGCCCACCAAGCUCGUCGCGCGCCUCGCCUGCACCUGCGCCUUCCUCAACGACGCCCUGUGCGGGGAGGACGGGACCGAGGGCAUGCGAGCAGCCGCCGUUGCGGCGGCGGCGGCGGCGGGCUCAAGCGCAGCCCCGCUGGCCUUCCACCCGGCGGCAGGGUACAAGGACCCGGCGGGCCUGCUCUCCCUGUCGUCCGCGCGCGAGUACGUGGACGCGUUUCUGCACAAGACGACAAACAGCUUCGAUCGCGCCUCCGGGCUCGAGAUUGUGCCGAUGAAGGGCCUCGCGUACGACUCAUACGCUGGCCUCGAGGCGGCGGCGGUGACGUGGAUCGAGCUGUCGGAGGUGGAGGGCGGCGGCGACUCCUUCGUCAUCGACUUCACCUUCCGGCCAGAGACCAUCGCCGAGUUCCUCGCCGCCGGCCCCCUGGCGACCGUCCGCUCCGCCCUCGCGAAGGUCGAGGUGCACAAUGACGAGGAGGAGGAGUGGGACUCGCUCAAGUUCCGCCUCUGCUUCGAGCCGUCCCACCUCACUGCACCGACGACCGAGCUCACCGGCCAGGCGGCCAUCGACGCGUACGCCGCCGCCGCCGAGGAGCCGCCGCAGCCGCCCGCCGAGGGUGAGCUCGCCCAGCACCGGCUCGUCUUUCAGCUCGUCGGCGGCAAGACGGCGUCGCAGGUCUACAUGCUCUCCUUCCACACGGUGCACCCAGACUACCAGGUCCACGUCAAGGUUGGGGACCACCGCAUGCCAAAGUUCGCCUCGCGCGAGACCUUCCACCGCUGGCAUCCCCUCUUCGCCUCCCUCGAGCACAGCGCCAGCCCUCGCGUCCGGAUGCUCAUCCGAGUCAAGCCCGACGGCUCCGGGCCGCUCGGAGACAUGUGCGGCUGCUGCUGA